AUGGCGGAGGGCCGGCCGGUCAGGCCGCUCAGGCUGGCCCCGCCCACCGCCCCGUACCCGGGGAAACAGCGACCCCCGCUGGUCAGCGGGGGCACUGCACCGGGGGAACAGACGGUGAGGUUUCAGUGUUUAUUUAGUAAAACAAACAGCAGGGGUUCGACGUGCUCCUCGGACGCCUCGGCGAACAUUCCUCCACGGCCUCCUCUAAUCCUGCACCAGAUCCCGGCGCUCCUGUCGUCCCUGCAGAGCUGCAGGCCACUCAUAAAGUCUGGCUCCUCCUCGCUCCAAAGGUCGCCCUGCCGGAGAACCCGCAGAAGUCCAGGGGAGAAGGAGCGAGGGAUGGGAGCGCAGGAAGAGACGGAGGACGGGGCCUCCUCAGCCGGGACCAAGAGGGAGAAGAGGGAGAAGACCUCCAAGGACGUGCACUUCUGCAUCCUGCCGGACAAAUACGAGCCGUUGAUCGAGGAGGACGGUGAGGAGAAGGAGCUGAUAGAAGAGGAGAGGAUCCGGAGGAAGGAGGACAAGAGGCAGAAGAGGAGGAAGAAAUAUAAGAGAUACAGGAAGAACGUGUGGAAGGCGCUGCGCUACAGCUGUAGCUGCCUGCUGGCCGGCCUGCAGAACAUGGUGUCCCCCUACGCCACGCCGCUCUCCGCCAUGUCCACCGUGGUGACGGAGGUGCACCGAUAUGCAAGGCCUGAUGGGACUUGAGCCGGGAGAAGACGGGGCUGCUGAGAUUACGCCGAUGAUAUGAGUGUUUACAUUGAAUUAUGUAGCUGUUCAGCUUUCGUUGUCCUUUUUGUGUGUUUUAAUACUAGAAUAUAAAUAUACCUGUAACUCUUUCUACAAUGUUUUUACUUGAUUUUAC